ACAGUCACCGAUGCUGAGGAGAACUGGUGAGUACCGUUUCUCUCCUGCGCUAAUUCUACUGCGCUCCUCUAAUCGUUCCAUUCUUUCAGACGCCGAUUGUGCCAGGGAUAAUUGUGCAUGUUUCCAUGCGCACACGUUCGGCACUUACGGUACUUGAGUUUCCUCAGUCACCGAUGCUAAGGAGAUCUGGGCCCAGAGGAAAAGUCACGCGGAGUUCCUGAACGGCGUGCACGUGCAAUGGGAAUCCUCGCCACUUCGAACACUAACGACUCCAUCAUUCGACCAUUGGGAUUUUACGUUAUCGGAUUUAGGGAUUUUAAAUUUGCUGAUUUAUAUUUAACUUUUCUCGGCUUCAUUUAUAUUGUAACAAUUUUGUGCAACUCCUUUAUCAUUUCCAUUAUAUGGACAGAUCAGCGCCUGCACACUCCGAAGUACAUCGCGGUGGCUAAUUUAGGGGUUGUCGACUUGAUGUACAGUACAUCCUUUAUUCCUAGUGCGAUCAAGACUGUUUUCACGAAAGAUACCUUCAUGUCCUACAAUGCAUGUUUGACACAGAUGUUUUUUUACUACUGUUCUGUGGCACUAGAAUCAUUUUCCCUCGGUGUACUUGCCUACGACAGGUUAAUUGCGAUAUGUUUCCCCCUGCGGCAUAGUAGCAUCAACACUCCCACAGGCAUGAUCAGUAUUUUAGCGAUUGUUUGGUCGUUUUGUGUCAGCGCCCUGGUGUUCUUGGUCUUGAUCUUGUCAAAACUGUCUUUUUGUAAUUCACUCACGGUGUACAACUUUUUCUGUGAGUAUGCAGCCGUGUUCAUACUAUCGUGCAAUGAUUACACACUGCAAUGGGCCGCUGGCUCUUCUUUGAGUAUAGUAAUCUUGUUUGGGCCACUUAGUUUUAUCGUCGUGUCAUACGGCUGGAUUUUGAGUGUCGUGUUUAGAAUGAAAACUGUGGAGAGCAGGUACAAAGCACUGGCAACCUGCACAGAGCAUCUCACCGUGGUGGCCAUUUUCUACGUGCCGACCUUAACAGUGUACAUCAUUGAGCUUUUCUUAUUUCUCAUGCAUCCAAAUGCCAAAAUGCUCAACUUGUCGUUAGCCUCGUGCAUCCCGUCCUGUCUGAACCCCAUUGUGUAUUCUCUGGCAACCAAAGAAAUCAGAAACAGAAUACUGGCUAUGCUCCAGAAAGUCAAAGUAGCAGCGUGGACAGGACAGGCAUAGCGCCAAACCCUACAGCGAAAAUACAUUAUUCAAACAAAUGACAUUAAUUAAUUUUAGGCCCUGGGGUUUCAAUGCAUUUUCUUGGAAAUAGGAAAUCAUUACCCGACCAACACAAUUCCAGGUGAAAGUUUUAGCGUUGCAUUGUGCACUUAGUUACUGUUUUGUGCCAUUUUGUUUUAUUGUCUUUAUUGUCUUGUGGUGUUCUUGUGCAAUAAUGUAAUAUAAUACCACUCCAUUUUCAGUGAGAGUUUGUAGUUACAGUUACAUUGACACUUUACACCUUAUAUUAACAUUGUAUGGUUGACUUUCAAUAAAUUGUUUAACUGAAAAAAUGACAAACACCCUGCAUAAACCCACAUGAAGGGAGCCAAAUGUACUUUGCGUUUUUUUUUUUUUUGCGUUUAAAAUAUGUAUUAUUUUCUGUAUAUUAUGAGAUUUGUCAGUUAAAUCUGAAAAUAUGAACUAAAAGGUUUAUUUAGCAUGGCUGUUAAGUCUGAAAAAACAGACUCAUAUUUAGCAUAACUCUUUGAGGGAAUGCCAUAUUUAGGCUAAAUCUGAAGGU